ACCUUCAUUUCUUCGCCAAACGCAUGAAUUACCAUUCUCUCUCUCUCUCUCUCUCUCUCUCUUGCUUGCUUGCUUGUUAUGUUGGCAGCUGACCUGACCUGAGAUUGAAACCUCUCUUCUUCAUUGCCACUUCGCAUUUUCGCAGUGUCCGAUCAGUUCGGAUGAGAUGGCGUCUUCACAAAAUGUCGAGUUGGAGGCAGCCAACUUUCUGCAUAAACUUAUUCAGAAUUCUAAAGAUGAGCCAGCUAAGCUGGCUACUAAACUCCAUGUUAUAUUACAACAUAUGAAAUCCAGCGGGAAGGAACAUUCAAUGCCAUAUCAAGUGAUAUCAAGGGCAAUGGAGACUGUAAUCAACCAACAUGGUCUUUCUUUGAGUGGUGGUGUUCAAAUAGGCUCUUCUUCACAGGCUGUGGGUGGUGCAAAGGAUUCCAGAAGGAGCCUGUCUGAAAAUGAGAGCUCUAAAUUGGACCCUUUCCCUUCCUGCCGGCCACCAGUUGGCCCAAGCAGUGGAGCACCUGAUUAUUAUCAAGGGUCUGUGGUUCAGAGGAGUGAUCAGUCUUUUGAUCAAGGAAGUCCAUCUAGUCUGGACUCUAGGUCUGCCAACUCCCAUUCACAAGACAGACGUGAUGCUGCCAAUUGGGACAAAAACCUGAAUCAAAAGGAUGGUAAGAAGGCCACCACAAAGAGAAAGAGGGGAGAUACUUCAUCACCUUUGGAGCCACAUGUUGACAGUCCUUCCCAGAUUGAUCCUCGCAAUAGUGUUCUCAAUACAAGGAAAGCAAAACUGACCAAGGCUGAACCAUUGGAUGACCUUCCUGUUAAAAGCGGUGCUUAUGCCAAGGUUCAGGGGGGGAUCGCAGCUCCUACUGGUGCAUCUUCAAUGGUCAAACCUAUUUUAUCAAGUUCAAUGCAAUAUGGUAGUGUAAGUGCACUUGAUGACAUGGGAAGUUCAUCUAGUUUUACUGAUGAGCAUAAAAUGGCUCAGAUUGGCAGGCAAAGUAGUGGCAUGGAAACAAUGAUGCUAAGACAAGAAGUUCCUUCCAGGGAUACUGGGAAAUCUGCUAUUACUGUUGCGCGCUCUUUCGCACCAUUUGAAGAACAGCAGUUAAAGCAACUUCGAGCUCAGUGCCUUGUUUAUCUAGCAUUUAGAAAUCGUAUGGUGCCAAAGAAACUUCAUCUUGAAAUGGCUCUUGGAACCACCUCUUCUAGAGAAGGUAACACGUCUGGGGUAACGACACAAGUUGGAGGUCGGAAUAAUUUAAGACAACCUGAUACAACCCCUUCAGGGUCCUCUUCUGCUGCAAAAGUUCAGGAGGCGAACUCUUUGCCAAAGGGAACUGAGAGCCCAAGAACUAUGGAGGACAAAGUUAUGCCACAUUCUGACAUCCAUAUGCUUUCGGAUGAACGGAAACAUCUCUCGGCAACAAAAAGAGGAGAGGUUGAUAGACGAAUUCAAGAAAGAGCAGCUGCACAAUGUUCUUUAGCUACUCCAUCUCAGCAGCUGGAAUCUUCAAGUACAACAGCUGCUGGUGUUGUUAAUAGCCAUUUGGAUGAUGAUGUCAAUAGAAAUGUUCAGGUUGGAAGGUCUAACCAACCUCCUGUUGUAGGCCUGAAUAGCUGGACUGGAUUUGCUGGUCAGAACGAGGCUUCAAAAGGGCUUCCGCAGAUCUCUACUGGAUUGCCAAUAGAUAGAAGAGACAUUAUAGCCAGUCAGUUUCAAAGUAUUAACAAUUGCGGAUCCCUGAAUCACAAUUCUGUUAAUAACUUGACUUCAUAUUCUUUAAAAGAGCAUUGGAAACAUGUUUCAGGGACUGACAGUGAUCUUCAUGGGGCCAUGAUGAAGGAUGGAAAUGUGAUUACCAAACAUGUUUCUCCAGACAUGUUCAAAACACUUCCAGUUGAUAAUGCAUCAAAACAUGGCAUCAAUUUUGCUACAGAGCAAGAAGGGAAUGAGAGACAGGCAUCAUCUAAUUUACAAUCUCCGAAAUAUUCAAUGUCUGAUAGGUGGAUUAUGGAUCAGCAGAAAAAGAGGCAUCUAGUUGAGCGAAGUUUUGUUCAGAAACAGCAGAAAGCAAAGCAAAGAAUGGCUACCAGUUUUCUCAAGUUAAAGGAAAAUGUGAACUCAUCUGAAGAUAUUUCUGCCAAAACAAAAAGUGUAAUAGAGUUGAAAAAACUACAACUACUAGAUCUCCAACGGCGUCUCCGCAGUAAUUUUCUCAAUGAUUUUUUCAAGCCAAUUGCAAUUGAAUUAGAAUAUUUGAAGUCAUUUAAGAAGCAUAGGCAUGGUAGGAGGGUCAAACAACUUGAAAGGUAUGAGCAAAAAAUGAAAGAAGAGCGUCAAAAACGGAUUCGGGAAAGGCAGAAGGAGUUUUUUGGUGAGAUAGAAGUUCACAAGGAAAAACUUGAUGAUGUAUUCAAAAUCAAGAGGGAAAGGUGGAAGGGUUUCAAUAGAUAUGUGAAGGAGUUCCAUAAAAGAAAAGAACGUACACAUCGUGAGAAGAUUGAUAGAAUCCAACGGGAAAAGAUUAAUUUGUUGAAAAUAAAUGACGUGGAGGGUUAUUUGAGGAUGGUGAAGGAUGCAAAAUCAGAUCGCGUAAAGCAACUUCUUAAAGAGACAGAGAAAUAUCUUCAAAAGCUUGGGUCUAAGUUACAGGAAGCAAAGUCUGCAGCAGGACGCUUUGGGCAAGAUGAUGAGGCAGGAAGUUACAGUUUCCCUGAGAAUGGUCAGACUAAUUCGGAAAAUGAGGAUCUGAGUGACCAAGCAAAGCAUUAUAUGGAAAGUAAUGAGAAGUAUUAUAUGAUGGCUCACAGCAUAAAGGAGAGCAUUGCAGAGCAGCCAUCUUGUUUACAGGGCGGAAAAUUGAGGGAAUAUCAAAUGAAUGGCUUGAGGUGGCUGGUUUCGAUGUACAACAAUCAUUUAAAUGGAAUCCUUGCUGAUGAAAUGGGACUGGGUAAAACGGUCCAGGUUAUUUCUCUAAUUUGCUACCUGAUGGAAACAAAAAAUGACAGAGGGCCAUUCCUUGUUGUCGUUCCCUCUUCAGUUCUACCUGGUUGGGACUCUGAAAUUAGUUUCUGGGCUCCUGUUAUUCAUAAAAUUGUCUAUGCUGGUCCACCAGAGGAGAGGCGUCGGUUAUUCAAGGAAAGGAUUGUUCAUCAGAAAUUUAAUGUUCUGUUGACUACAUAUGAAUAUUUGAUGAACAAGCAUGAUAGACCCAAGCUCAGUAAAAUACAUUGGCACUAUGUAAUAAUCGAUGAAGGCCACCGGAUAAAGAAUGCGUCAUGCAAGUUAAAUGCUGAGUUGAAACAUUAUCAUAGCUCUCACAGAUUGCUUUUAACUGGAACACCAUUGCAGAACAAUCUCGAAGAACUAUGGGCAUUACUUAAUUUUUUAUUACCAAACGUAUUCAAUUCAUCAGAGGACUUCUCUCAAUGGUUUAACAAGCCAUUUGAGAGUAAUGGGGAUAACUCACCUGAUGAAGCUUUACUGUCUGAAGAGGAGAAUCUCUUGAUCAUAAAUCGUCUUCAUCAAGUUCUAAGGCCAUUUGUCCUCCGGAGGCUGAAACAUAAGGUUGAAAAUGAACUGCCUGAAAAGAUUGAGAGACUUAUAAGAUGUGAGGCUUCUGCUUAUCAGAAACUUUUGAUGAAAAGGGUGGAAGAAAAUCUAGGUUCUAUUGGCACUACAAAGGCUCGAUCAGUACACAACUCUGUUAUGGAGCUUCGUAAUAUUUGCAAUCAUCCAUAUCUCAGCCAGCUUCAUGCAGAAGAGGUGGAUAACUUCAUGCCUAAGCAUUAUUUGCCACCGAUUAUUAGACUUUGUGGGAAGCUUGAGACGCUGGAUCGUUUGUUACCUAAAUUGAAAGCAACAGAUCAUCGGGUUCUUUUCUUUUCAACAAUGACCAGGCUUCUGGAUGUUAUGGAGGAAUACUUAAGCUUAAAACAGUAUCGAUACCUCCGAUUGGAUGGGCAUACAACAGGAAGUGAUCGUGGUGCCUUAAUUGACUUAUUUAACCGAGCCGACUCUCCAUAUUUUAUUUUCUUACUCAGUAUUCGAGCUGGUGGUGUUGGAGUGAAUCUUCAAGCUGCUGAUACGGUGAUCCUAUUCGACACUGACUGGAACCCACAGGUUGAUCUGCAAGCACAGGCAAGAGCUCAUAGAAUUGGUCAAAAGAGGGAUGUUCUAGUUCUUCGGUUUGAGACAGUUCAAACUGUUGAAGAACAAGUUAGAGCUUCAGCGGAGCACAAACUUGGUGUUGCUAACCAGAGUAUAACUGCUGGCUUUUUUGACAAUAAUACAAGUGCUGAAGAUCGAAGGGAAUACUUGGAAUCGCUUCUCCGCGAGUGUAAGAAAGAGGAAGCUGCACCUGUUCUGGAUGAUGAUGCGUUAAAUGAUAUCUUGGCCCGCAGUGAGGCGGAGUUAGAUGUGUUUGAAGCUGUUGACAAAAAAAGGAAGGACGAUGAGCUGGCUGCAUGGAAAAAUUUAGUGGUUGGGCAGGCAACUGGUGGUUCUGAUCUUAUUCCACCCCUUCCCUCUCGUCUUGUUACUGAUGAAGACCUGAAACAGUUCUUUGAAGCAAUGAAGAUAUCUGAUGUUUCCAAGGGCGAGGUAGAAUCUAAUGGAGUAAAGAGAAAGAGUGGAAAUGUUGGGGGUCUUGAUAUUCAACAUUAUGGCAGGGGAAAGCGUGCAAGAGAGGAACGUUCCUAUAAAGAGCAGUGGACAGAGGAGGAGUUUGAGAAGAUGUGUCAAGUUGAAUCUCCAAGUUCACUCAAAGUAAAGGAAGUGGCUGGGAUAAGUUUUCCAGCAAAUGUUGCCAGCUCUGUUGUUACUACUUCUAACACACAACCUACAGCUACAGUUUCAGCAGCCCCAAUACCAAUGUUGCCAUCUGUGGAGAGCUUGCCUGUCCAGCAAAUCAAAGAAGUAACUCCGCCAGCCAAACGUGGUCGUGGAAGGCCAAAAAGAAUAGCUUCAGAUAAGCCACCAGCUGUAGUGGUACCUCAGGCUACUUUUACAACCAUUGAAAUAGAGAAGCAGUUACCGAAAGGAACUGAGCUUGAACAAAUAACGUCUUCAGUUCCUCAUUCUGUUGCUCAUUCUGCUGAAGUUGGAGCUGUGAUGCAGUCUGAUACAAUAGUUGCUCAUAAUGCACAGCCUGUCAUUCCUAUCAAUGCUGUUCCACCAAAUUCUCAGCCAGUUGCCGCUGCUGUUUCUGUACAGUUGCAAGCAAGAGGCCAAGGGAGGAAACCACAUGGUGCUGAAGGGACUAGACGUAGGGGAAAGAAGCAGGCCAUGGUUUCUCCUCCUAUCACUGGUGGUCCUGAUUUGAAGAUAAGUGAGCAAUUCCAAAAUCAACACGGGAGUCCACCUUUAGAUAAAAUUAUCUCCCCGAGUGAUGCUGCCAGCAAUAAUGAUGCAGCACACCAUCCAACUACCAUCUCGGCUGCUGCUAAUUUAAAUAGUGGAAAUGAUCAUUUGGGUGCUGAAAUGGUUCUGAAUGCUAAGCAACCACCUCCUUUAUGCACCUUGGUUGAAACUGACGAAACUCAUCCCUCUGUACAGAUGGAGCAAGGCAAGGGGGAAAAUUGUAAGUCACAAACUGGAGCAGGAGCUCCCAGGCGGAGGGGGAAGAAACAGGCAACAAUAUCACCACCAAUUCCAAAUGUUCCAGAUCACCAGGAUUCAAAUUCAAAUCCAAAUCUGCAAAUUUUGUCGAGCAGCAUAUCAGGUGGCAAAGCCACUGAACAAAAAGGCUUGCUAGAUAAAAAUAUUAAAGAUUCAAAGUGUGUUAUCCUAGAUCAGCCGUCUCAGAGCCUUGGUGAGCAGGAUUUAAAGCCAAGGGAGCAGUCAGAUGAUUCAUCCAAGCAGACAGUGCUUCUGUCUUCUAGUGAACAUGGUUCAGACUUAGAGAAGGUUAAUAAUCCAGAUGUUUGUGAUUCUUAUGUGGAGAAGGUUAAAUCUUCUGAAAUUAACUCAUCCAAGAUUGAAGUCUCAGAGAAUUCAGGGAGUGGAGUUUUACUUACCACAACACCUACCGUGGUGAUCGAGGAUCAACAUUUGGGGGACAGAACUCAUCAAGUUGCUGAACUUUCGAAAAGCGUAUCUUCAAUUGUUGGCACUUCAACUACUUCUCUUGCUGCUAAUGCAACUAGAGAAAGCAUUACUGAUACUUUAGAUCCUCUGACUGCAAAGGCUGUUCCCAGUAGCCCAUUAAGCAUUGUUCAAGCUUCUGAUUCUACACAUUCUCCCUCACUCGAAUCUAUGCCAGCCAAAAGGCUACCCCGUAAAGCUCAAAAUAGAGCGGAAGCACCUCGGCGUAGUGGUAGAAAAUCAGCUUCGAUGUUGCCUGCUGUUCCUGUAGCUCCAUCUGAUCAGGAUCCCAAUUUGAUUCAUGAUGCCCAGAAUUCAUCUAGGGAUUCAUUGGUUGGUAAAGCUGCCAAUGCUACUCAAGCUCAAGCUUUAGAGAUUCUUUUGCCCAGUGGAGUACCUGUCCAUGAUUCGAAAAGAAAAGAGAGGGCAACCAAUUCUACCGCAAGUAAGCAGCAGAAAGUUGCAUCAACAAGGAUUGACAGUGCAGCUGUAUCCUCAGAUAAGAUUACUGCUUUUGGGCGAAAUCAAAAUGUUAAUGACUUUGCUCGGGUGAUGAGGGAAGUUUUCUCUGGAACUUGUUUGCCAAAACCUAAAGCACAGGAUUCUGUUGGGAGUGAAGAUAAGAGUACAACUUUUGUACAUGUAACGACUAAAGCUGCAAUUGCCUCUAAUAACCAGAGCUUGGAAGAUAAAGCAUGUUGUGAAAUACCUACAACUGGAGCUGCAUGUUCUACUUCAGAUGUUUCAGUGCAUCUUCGUGAAAAACAUUCAGAGGUAUCAAAUGUGCAGGAUCUGGAGUGUGGAGCAAGUUUAGAUAUGCCAACUACUGGAGUAAUGAACCUGAUGCAAGGCACUCUACCUAAUGGGGAUGAGCAGAUCUCUGCUAGUACAUAUGAUAACAAGAUAACUACUGUUGAAAACAAACGUUAUUUCAGUCCGCCUGAAACCAGUGGCUGUGAUGAUGUUAAAGCAAAAGAUGAACAAGCACAAGUUUAUGUUAAAAACUUAAGUAUUCAGGGUAAAAUGGAGGUUCCUGAUGCGAUUCCAGUUCUUACUUCGCCAAAGAUUGGUUCUUCUGAGAAACUUCCUACUGGUGAUGGCCUUGUUGAUUCUGGCAUAGGAGAUUUCACCCAUCAGUUAAGUAUAUCAAAAAUUUCUCCUAGUGGUAAACUUCAUUUGGUAAUUGAUCAUAAUCUUGGGGACCAAUCCAAGCCUUCUAUAGAGAAGUCAUCUUCAUCCCUUAAUAUUUGUGGCACAGGACAUGAAACAGCUGCAAUGAAACCAGAACAUUCUAGCACUAGUACUGAAGGACCUCCUGGUUUUACGGAGCACACUUUGGAUACAAAAUUGGAUCUUACAGAAAUAUCCCAAAAGCCUUCACCUCGUGAUUGUGAACAUGCUGAAAUGUUGGGUGAUCAGCAACAAGAGACCCCAUCUAGUACUGCAAUUACCCCUCUCUCAAUGGAAAUGGUAGUUUCUAGUGUUCCUAGAGAUUCUGAAAAUUUUGGAAGUGAAAGUAAGUCUUCUUUACAUGCUUCUGUUGAAGUCUCUUUCGAUGAUGGGACUGGUGGGGAUGAAGUUUCUGCAUCAGCUGACCAUGAUAGAAAUAGUAUUCCAAAACCUCCAAAAUUUAGCUUGGAUCCAGUUUCUGCUUCUGUUUCUGAAAUGGCAUGUUGUGUUAGCCCCAAAGCUGAUAAAGCUGAACAGUAUCAAGAUGCAUUAAAAUCUUCGAAUUUGCGUGAGGCUUCGUUGCUUGAGAGCUGUCCUGAAUCACUCUGCAAGGGAAAAAGGGAUGAAGGGAACUCGAUAUGCAAAGAACUUUCUUUUGCAGUUAAACAACAUAUCAGCUCUGUUCCCCAAGAAAAUAUGGUACCCUCUCCUGUUGGCAGUUCGAAGGAUGAUUUAUCUCAGAUUCACUCUAUGAUUGAUGCAUCAAAUAAUGACAGUAUUAAGCAUCUAGUGGAAGAAAAACCAGUGUGUCAAUCUGACACUGAUAAAGUAUUGUUGCAACGACCUUCGAGCUCGGAAGAUGAAGUGAACAAUUUAGCGGGUGUUUCUGGGGUGAGCAGCCUUGUAGAGGCAACUGUAUCUGAAACUUCAGUUCUGCCCUGUUCAACCUUGGUGAACAAGCAAAAUGGAAACUCAUCUGCAACAUCUCUAGUUUGGAGUUCAGAAUCUUUUGAGGAGUCAAUGCAAAAGGGUGUGGCUGGUAACUCUGGAAUCCAGGAGGAAGCAGAUGUUAAUAUGGUAGAAACCGAUGUUCCAUUGGAAUCUGAGGAUUUACAUGUGAAGGGUGUAAAGGGUGAUGUUCUGCCAGACACUGUAGAUUUGCCCACCUGCUUGAUGACAAAGGAAAGUAACAUAGAAGGCUCAUCUGCAAGAGGACUUUCUGUCAGUUCAUCGUCAUCUGAUGAAUUUAACGAUUCUAAGGUUGAGCUUGGUGACAAAGAUGUCUCUCAGGCUGGUGGAUCUCUCACUACAUCUGGAGAUAAUAUAUCAAAGAUUAAGGAAGAAGGGAUCAGUUGUUCAUCUGAUAAAGAUGGCUCACAAGGGCAAUCAGUUUCUCCAAGGAUACCUGUGUGCUCUGAUGAUUCAUGUGAAAAAUUGGAUGUUCCUCAAGUUGACCCAAAAAGAACUAUCUCUGGUACUGUCCUGGCUUGCUUGUCUCAAGUAAAAGAAGAAAAAGUAGGUGUACCAUGUGAUACUGAAUUAGUUGCAAGGUCUACGCCAGAGUGUGAUAUGGAAGGAUCGAAGGCAGAUCAGAGUAAUACAGUGUUGCAAGUGAAUAAGUCGCCUUCAAAGUCCCCCGAGACUGUUGAUCAAUCUGUGGAGGGUGAGCUGCCAUUGGUAAAUGGGGAAAGUGCAGUAGCUGGGAGUAGUGACCAAAUUGAUGCUUGUCAGGUUUCUCAGGAAGAUUCAGAAAAGCUUACUUCUCAAAAUAUGGUUGUACCAUCAUCUUGCUCACUAAUGGAGCAAGACAAUGUUGAUGUGUCAUCUGACAAGGGUCCUCUCUGUAGUCCACUAGCAUUGGGUGAACCAAGAGAUCCUUUGAUUGUAGAGGACAGUCAUAGGGAUGGCACCAAUGGUUCUGAAGCAAAUCCAUCACCCCAACAGGAACAAGAAUAUCCUGAAGCUGAGAUCGGUGAUCACAGGACAACUGAUUUUGAUGGGGUUGAUCCAGAACUGUUGUCCAAAAACAUGGAAUUGCUUUCUUCCUUAGGAAUGGAGCAAGAUAAAGUCGAUGUAUUAUCAUACCCACUAGCUACCACAGAACCAAAGGAUUGUGAUCAUAGUAAUGAGGCAUCAAAUCCUUCUGUAGCUCAAAUUGACCAUCAAGUGGAGGCAUCUGAUGAUGUUGCUGGGGAUGGGGAUAAUGCGGAAAGGCUUCCAUUAAAGAACAUCAAUAUCCCUUCAGAGUCCUUGAUGAUCGAGGAAAUGAAGGUUGAUGGUUCGUCUGUUAAGGUCUCACUCUGCAGUCUGCCUGCACCAGGGGAUCCAAAAGUUUGUUUGACUGGGGGGAGGAGCUGUAGCGAAGUCAUUGAGGUUCCCACCACUAAAGAAAUAAUGGUGCAGGAGUCCUUUGAUUCUGGAGCUGAGAUGGAUAAUCAAAGCGAGUCACAGGUUGAUGGGAUACCAGUAGAUGAUGAAGCCAGAUGUUUGGCUGUGUCUGUCGCUACAGCAGAGGGAAAAAAUGAGGUGGAGGUCUUGCCUGAUGAGGGUCCACAAAGAAUCUUCAAAGUGCAGGAUAAUGUGUCAAGAGAGUUGACUGAUGAGGAUGAGGCAGACAAGAGUCAAGUCCCAGUUUCCUCAGCAUCAGUUGUGAAUGUGGAAGAUUUAGUUGAUGGCACAGGAAGAAUGCAGGUGACGGAAGAAUCUGAAGCUGUUGUAAGUGAUGAUGGAAUGGAUGCUACUCUUAGUUGCUCAGCAGUGCAAGAAACAGCAUCAAUUGAUGGGUUUUGCACUUCAGCAGCGUUGAGUGAACAUGUAGAGAGCUUGUCUAAGAAAGGUUUUGUUGUCCCCCCUAUUGUGAAUCCUGACAUCAAAGAAUCUAAAGCUGGUGUUAUUAACCAGGGAAAUAAAAUUGUACAAGACAAUGAAUUGAAAGAUGUCGAACAUGUGGAGAGCUUUUCUGAGAAGGAUAUAGUUGCUAAAUCUUCCCCAAAUCUUGAUGCCAAAGAAUCUGGAUAUGCUAUUAAUAACCUGGAAACUCAAGCUGGGCAAGAUGAUGCAUUGAAAGACACGGAAAGUGUGGAGAGCUUUUCGGAGAAGGAUUUAGUUGGCAACUCUUCUACAAACUGUGAUGCCAAAGAAUCUGAAGCUUCUGUUACGAACCAAGGAAAUGAUAUCAUGCAAGAUGAUGAACACAAAGACAGAGAAUCUGAAGCUCCUGUUACAAAUCAAGGAAAUGAUAUCGUUCACAAUGACAAAUUGAAAGAUGUCAAACACGUGGAGAGCUUGCCGGAUAAGGAUUCAUUUGGCAACUUGCCAGCAAAUCUUGACAGUAAAGAUUUUGAAGGUGCUGUUACAAACCAGGGAGAUCAAAUAAUGCAAGAUGACAGGUUAAAAGAUGUCAAACCUACGGAGACCUCGCCUGAGAAGGAUUUAGUUGGCAACAAUCCAGCAAAUCUAGAUAUUAAAGAAUUUGAAGGUGCUGUUACCAGUCAGGGAGAUCAAAUUGUGUACAAUGAUGAAUUGAGAGACGUUGAACAUGUGGAGAGCUCGUUGGAUAAGGAUUCAGCUGGCAACUCUUUGGCAAUUCUCAACAUUAAACAACCCGAAGAUGCUUUUACAAAGCAGCGAGAUGAAAUCAUGCAAGACGACAACCACGGGGAGAGCUUUCCAGAGGAUUUAGUUGGCAAUUCUACAGCAACUAUAGACCCUAAAGAAUCUGAAGGUGCUGUUACAAACCAGGGAGAUCAAAUUUUGCAAGACGACAAAUCGAAAGAAGUCUCAGAGAAGUUGUUAGUUGGCAACUCUACCGCAAAUAUUGAUCCUAAAGAAUCAGGUGCGGUUACAAAUCAGGGGGAUCAACUUAUGCAAGGUGAGGAGUCAAAAGACAUCCUACGUGUGGAGAGCUUGCCGGAGAAGGAUAUAGUAGGCAGUUCUCCAGCAGCUAAAGAAUCUGAAGCUGAUGUUACUGAAGCCAUGCAUGAAGAUGCCUUGAAACACUUGGAGACUCCGCCUUCUCCGAAAACAGAGGAAAGAAUUACUGAGAGCUCCUGUGAGAAGGAUACCACUACCUGCUCAGAAACACAGCAGGAAUCAAAAGUGGGUGAAACUGAGGAUGGAAGCAACAUUGUUCAAAACAGUGACACUCAAAACGAAAAGGCACCUGAGAACGAGUCGGUUGAGAAUUCAGUCGUAGAAGCUGAUGAUACCAAUGCUAUGAAAUGAAAUCGGUCACUGUAUGUAUUAAUAUAAUAUAUCAUCAUAUGUAGGUAUUUUGUGUACAUAUAUAUUGUUAUCCAAUACCUGUCCAAGGCUAAUUAUUCAUAGUUAUUAUUAAGAGUAAAGUAUUAAUC